ACAGCUCAUCGACAUCCCUAAUACACCACCAAAAGAUCCUGGACAUAGCAUGGCCGUAUCUUUUCCUGUCAUUCAUCACUAUUCUUAAAAUUUUCAUUGCUUCGUUUUAGCGAAGAUACAUUGCCACCGAGCAUGAACACUUUCCUUAAUAUACCUCAUGUGCGGGCUCGCGCAGAUACUACAGCACUAAUAACUCCAACCCUCGACGCCAGCGUACCGAACGCACCACCGACUCGACCUUCAACGCAACCACCAUCGUUAGCAAGGGCAGUCGCCAUAGAUUCAACCACAUUGCCAGUCACAUCAGCACGAUCCGUACCACAAGCAGGAGGAAUGUCUUCCGCAACAAAAAUCGGUCUCGGGAUGAUACCCGUCAUAAUCGCCUCGUGCGCAAUCUGCAUCUUCGCCGUUUUCUGGUGCCGCAGACGAAAGGCGCGGAGAAUGAGUCAAGAUCUGGAAUCACCACCUCCGGUCCCGGAGAAAGACUAUGUCACACGCUUGCCGUCACUAGACAGUGACCGGAGAGGAAGCAAGGUGUUCGACAUGGCCGCAUUCAGCACUCACAUCUACGACGGUCGGCACAGAGAAGCGCAAGUUCUCGGUCAAAGCAGGGAGUUCGUUCGAUCGAUAGAUCGAAAUCAAGACGAUGAUCUCGAGACGCUGAGGACACCGCCACGCAGCAUAAAGGUAGAAAAGAUUCGCUCUGGUCGAGACUCGCCUAUUGAUGGGUCAAGUCCAUUCCGACUAAAGCGAGGCGAUACCCUCAGAAGAAGCUUGGGGUCUGAAAUAUCAGAACUCUGGCCGUCACCACCACCAACCGCGUGGGUAAGGCGGCAGGGUAUCCUCAAUUCAUUGCCGUCAUCGAGAUUCGGUCGGGAUAUGAAUAGGAGAUCACAAUGUAGCGCAGACUACAAGCGAAGGAGCGAUGCAAGCUCAGUGUUUUAAGGUCUUGGCAAGGCGUUUUGGUUAAUAGGUGGUAGAUGGGCGGAAAUCAGGACUGCGAUAGGUCUUCUCUUACGACUGGACGACUUUUGUAGUGGUUCACUAUACCCCAUAGGUUACAGGCGUCCAGGUUGGGGAUACCUUCAUUCACUCACUUUUCUCUGUA